CCUGCUGGCCAAGCAUCCCAGGUCUCUACUAACAUGUUUGUACGAACAGUACCCAGGUACCCUACCUGCCUUGGCCGGGCUAUCCUCGGGAGAGGGGAGAAGGGAAAACGCUGGGGGAACCUAUCAAGGUUACUGCUUGCAAAAACGGAGGAACGUUUGAACUUGCCGCAGCCCGGACGGUGCCAGGUGCCACCUUGUGCUAGCGGCGGGAAGCGCUGUUGCCACUGCGAGAAAAAAGAUGAACGGGGCAAAGUACAGAGUACCCUCUCUGUUCUGCCUUUCUGCCUUUCUGCCUUUCCCCAUCUCCCACGUACUCUUGUAUCCAGUACGUGGCUCUCGCCCCCACCCCCUCACGAGGCAAAGUAUUCACGACUUUAUGUACAAAGCCGCCAACUGCCACCAAUUGUCCUCGGCCACAUCAACUCCCCUUUGCCUGUAUCUGUCUGUAGUGCUUGCUUCCCUGUGCUGGUGUCGCCGCUGCCCAAUUGACGAGGCGAGCAAAUGACUCCAAUUGAUCAAUUCCCGUCCAUUAAACGGGGAUUGCAAUGAUUUUUUUUUAUUUGAAUUUUUGUUCCACAUUUCUUUCCGUCUUCGGUGGCACAACCACACAACAUCGCACUCGGCUGUCAGGGACGGACCCGGCAACACGAGAGAGAUAAUGCAAUGGCAAAGCCGGGAGGCGGGGGGGCGCAGUUGCGCUUUUUCGCCCCUCCGCCCUCCGUCAAGAAGAAGAAACUUUGUUGACUCUCGUCGAGGACGAUCCCCCGCUAAUAGUACGUCCGGGAGACCCUGAAGACCAGAAUGAUUCAGGCUGAUCCAUCCAUCGUCA